CCGGGCACUCCGGUUUCCUCCCACAUCCCCAAAAACAUGCAACAUUAAUUGGACACUCUAAAAUUGCCCCUAGUGUGAUUGUGAGUGCGACUGUUUGUCUCAAUGUGCCCUGCGAUUGGCUGGCGACCAGUUCAGGGUGUACCCUGCCUCCUUCCCGUUAACAGCUCCAGCACUCCCCGCCACCCUUAUGAGGAUAAGUGGCUAAGAAAAUGGAUGGAUGGAUGGAUGGAUGGAUGUUAUGUGACAGAAGAGUCUUUGCUAGGAUGAAGGGCAAAGUGUAUAAAACAGUGGUGAGGCCGGCCUUGAUGUACGGAUUAGAGAUGGUGACACUGAAGAGACAACAGGAAGCAGAACUGAAGGACACCAGAAACACUGACGAGAAACCGGUCCAGCGGUCCAAGUCUUUUAGCUUCAAGACGCAGAAGGAGGUGUGCUCGUCGUGCGAGAAGACGGUCUACCCCAUGGAGCGGCUGGUGGCCGACAACCAGGUCUUCCACUCCUCGUGCUUCUGCUGCAAGCACUGCAAAACCAAGCUCAGCCUGGGGAACUUCGCCGCCCUGCAAGGUGAAUUCUACUGCAAGCCUCAUUUCAAGCAGCUGUUCAAAAGCAAAGGCAACUAUGACGAGGGCUUUGGACGCAAGCAGCACAAAGAGCGCUGGGCCGCCAAGGAGACGGAAAACAUAACCAAGACGGCGUAAAAACAAUCAAAAAAAAUGGUGACAUCAUUGCUUUUUAAAAAAAAAUUCUUUUAACUGGCCAUAAUUCACACCGGUAUUUUGUUGCUUUUUAUUUUAAUUUUUAUUUUAGUUUAUUACUAGCUAGCUGAUUGUGACCAAAAGCCUUCUGGGCUAGGGCUAAGGGGGAAAUGUUACCAUGCUGUAAUUCUGUUAUUUCUUAUUACAAAUGAUUUACAACCAUUAAUUCACAUUAGCAGGCGCACACUUUUUUUUGUACACACAUAUAUACAAACACUCAGGUCAACUAUCCCAGGCUUUUUAUUGGCAGUGUCACCCAAGGAUUUUAUACAAAAAAUGUUACAAUAAUAAACCACAGUGGGCCCGAGCACCUGACAGGGGAUGAAACAGGGUACUGUAACAUUACCUCUUGUAUUUCUUUUUUUUUUUUCGUUUUCAUUCUGUUGUGAAGUUUCGGCCGUCUUUUGUUGCAUGUAGUCAAGUACGAGGAGGUCGCGACGGCCUUAUUUUAACCACUGGAUCAGCCUUUAAUGUUGUAAUGAUCAAGUUUCAUUUAGUUGAAGAGCACUUGGAUUGUUUUGUGAAUUUAUCUGUACAUAGCGCUGUAGUUUUUGUGAUUCGUAAGUAACGCCCACCACCCCACUUGACACCAAUCGCCCCAAGUUGCUGAGAACACCACAAGCGCUUGUGCCAUCUGUCAUUUGGAUCAUUCCAAUCAUGUUUAAAAAAAAAAAAAAAAGGUUAUUAUCGUCCCCAAACUUGUUUACCAACUUUUACUGAGCCAAGGAAUAUAUUUUACGAUAGAAAAAUGGAACGGCAAACCACCUAAAUGUCACGAAAUGUGUGGUUAUUGUGGUGAAAGAGCAUUUAAUAUUUCUGCAUGUCACUACACGUGGCUGGAAUAAAUAGAUGAACAUGAAUAGUAAGAAGUUCUCCUCACCUGUGGGCACCUGGACCUAUUCUUUAAAGAAGUGGUGCCCCCUCCCUAAAAUGAGUUGCGAAUGCCGUAUGUGUGUCAGCCAGUGCAGAGUGCCCCCUGCUGCUGACACGCUGGCUCUUCUGAACAAUAGUUCAUUGUAUGACCAUUUUUAAAAAAUUUUUAACUUUUUUUUUUUCUUUAGUCAAAGUUGCCUCCGUUUCUGAUUUCCAUUUGGAUUCAUGAACAAUUAAACGGGAUUUUAAUGUCUUGAAUUGUGUCAAUUUUUUUUUUAAACGCAUUUUAGGAACGUGACUGACACUUGAAUGGUUCUGAUUGACUUUUUGUUAGGGUGAAUUGAGCAUGCUGUGACCAAUAAAGCGGAUGAUUUCCAUUUUAAUUUUUUUAUUUUUUAUGAAAAGCCUUAGAACUCAUUACGACUUCAUGCGUUUUCCAAACGCAGAAUACUCACUCCGCAUUUUCCGCUCAACCAGCAGCCCCACUCACGUCUCCGGAACAUCAUUUUACUGUAUAAUACUUCUAACUCUGCUGUUAUGUACGUAUGUGUGAUGACUUUUUAAUCCUUGAAUGCUUUAAAAUUGAAACGAUUAUACUGUACGUGGAAAAUGUUGUCUUUUCGUUUGUUGGUUGUUGCCCAACAAGGUACAUCUGUGAACGUCACUCUGAUUAGGUGAUUUAAUGACGGCAGUUAAAGAAAAAAAAAAUCUGCUGUUAUUUGUUCUCAUGGAUUUUUCAUCUUUUUAACUGAUUGCCUCUUUUUGACUUUUUUUUUUUUUUUUUUUUUCAAGUUAACACAUGCUUGACCUGUGGAUUGAGGCGGCCUUAUAGCAAAAGAACGCUUUGACUGCGUUUUGCGGUUUUCUUCCUCUUCCCUAUAUUUUUGGACUUAUUACAUUUAAAUCGGCCCUCAUUCUAUGCCUCAAUAUUUUGAGCAUUUGUCAUGUUUUUUUUUUACAUGCUUUUGGAGAAAAAAAUAAAAAAUGCUGGUGUGGAUCUUCAUUUGACUCCGUUUGACUAGCUCUGUAAUAGUCUACAAAAGUGGGUACAGUAGCCAAAUAUUGGAAGAGUACUGUUAUGUUUGAAUAAUACCACCAAAGUAAAAAGUCAUCCUCCAAAAUUUCAGACGUUACUCCAGUAAUGAAUAGUGAGUAACUUCUGAUUUAUUUUUAAAUCACAGAAUGUCAAAAUAAAAAUUGUAC